AUGCCCACUCCCUCAAAACAUGUCAAAUUUGUCGCUUCAGAUCCUUCGCGCGGCGGUCUCCCCGUGAAACGUAAACAGGUUCAACACGCAUGCGCUUCAUGUCGCAAGAAAAAGAGACGCUGCGUUCAUGCUGAAGAUGCGGUCGAUGAGACGUCGCCUCCGGUGGAAGAAGAUGAGACAUCCCGGUCAACAUCAAUACCGCUGCAAACACAACGAACUGCUCUUCCAGACUCAUCGCAUCAAUCUCUACCAUCGCUCCAAUAUGGAAAUGGAAGUCCAGCUCCAACACCAAGGCGCGAAUCAGGCAGCACGCCAAACCAAUCAUCCCGCUUCGUAGGCGAUCUUAACCCAGAGGGCAUGUUCAUGGAAGCUACAGGCUCAGCCUCCGUCCGCGAGACUUCGCAGAAAGGCGACGUGGGAAUAUGGCUUUCCUCAACGAAUAAUCCUGGACAAGCAAGUCAAUUUAUCACGUCGAGACCGCCGCCGAUAAUGGAUCAGUUUUUACUACCGUUUGUUAAGGAGCAUUGUUUGUCGUGUCUUCCGCCUGAAGCAGAUUAUCUCAAGUUGAGAGCGCUAUAUCUUGAGAAAAUUCAUCCCAUCAUGCCGAUUAUACCGGAGAAUGCGUUGGAGGGUGAUGAGCCGGCGAGUGUGGUGUUGAGACAGCUUGUUUGCCUCGGUGCAUCUACGGAUCCGAGCAUGGCGCGGUAUCUGCAUUUACAAAACAAAGGCGACCAUCUUCUUCCAUGUCAAGACUUCAUGCAAUCCCUCUCCUCCGCCGUCCGCGCAAUCCUCGAAACCAGCAUCAUUACCGACAGAGUUCUUCACAUCCGCGCCCUCAUCCUCCUAUCCCUCUACACCCAACCCAGCUCCUCCGAAGAAGCAGAUCUCCCCGCCCAACUCGGCGGCCGCGCCAUUCACCACAUCCAAACGUUGGGUCUUCACCUACUUAGAUACGACGCGCCGAAUUGCGAAGAGCUGGAAACGCUGUUUUGUGCGGUUUGGGCGGUUGAUAGGAUUAACGCGGCGGUGUAUGGGAGGCCGUGUCUCAUGCAUGAACGGGAUAUCGGCGCGAAUCUGGAUGGGUGUAUUAGGAAGAGACCGCCGUGCUUUAGGUUGUUCUUGAGCGUGGUGCAGUGGUUGGAUCAGGUUAUUGAGCUGUAUAGGCCGGGACCGAGUGCUGAGGCGAGUGGGUUGGAUAAGAUUGCGUAUAUUGAUCUUCCGGUUCUUGAGGCUAUGAUCGUCAAUGCUGAUGCGCUCAAAGUGCCGGGUUCACUAAUUGCAACGAUUGAAACAUUUUAUCACGCUGUUAUUAUUCUAUCCUGUCGUCUUCCGAGACCGGGUACACUUACAGCUGCGUCUACGCUCCCUCCACCAUCCGCCAACGCCCGUCGCUCCCUCGCAGCAGAGCGAAUCGCCUGUGCAGUUCUGCGCGAUCAUCUAAGUCCAAUGCCCUUCGUUCCCUACGCAGUAUGUCUCGCACUAAGCGUAGAGUACCGAAAGAUGCGCCACUCUCGCCUCCCCAUGUUUCGCUCCCGCGCAAUGCACGCAUUUCGUCGCAACUGCGAAAUGCUCAGAAAAUUCGGUGAUUACUUCUGGAGCGCUAACGUGGUGGCGGGGUUGGGGGAGAGGGUGCUGAAGGAGAUGGAACGUGCUGCUAAUACGCUUACACGGGACUCGCCACCUCCUGAAGGGACGCCGAGUUCUGUACCGCUGAUGAAUUCAGUGGCUGUGACGAAUCCGAGCAUGGUUAACGCUGUGCCGAGCGUGGAACAAGCCGUGGACUUUUCACUGAUCGAUGCGAUCUCUGGUGCGGAUGUCUUUGGGGCUAUUGAUCCGAGUUUUAACCUGGGGGCUGUCGAGGAUGCGCUUGAGGCGAAUUUGGAUAUUGGCCUGCCGAUGAAUUGGGUUGAUUGGGGGCAGUAUGCUACGUUGUCGUGA